GCUUCCGGUGUGGUUUCCCCGCCCCUGCGCGGCUCUAUCAGUGCGGGCUCGGCGGCUGUGGCCGUGGGGCAGCGGGGGGCAGGGCGCGGUGAGGUGAGGUGGGUGCCCUAGCGGGGUGCCUGGAGUCAUGGCCUGCUCCAUUGUCCAGUUCUGCCACUUCCAGGACCUCCAGGCCGCCCGGGACUUCCUCUUCCCUCAUCUGCGGGAGGAGACCCCCAGCGGCGCCCUGCGGAGGGACCCCAGUAAAUCAUCAAGUUGGGAAGAUGAUGGUUGGGGAGCAUGGGAAGAAACAGAACCCCAAGAUCCUGAGGAAGACGGAAAUCCUUGCAAAGCACAGAAAACUUCCUGGCUGCAGGAUUGUGUUUUAUCCUUGUCUCCAACCAAUGAUCUUAUGGUUAUCGCUCGAGAGCAAAAAGCUGUUUUUUUAGUGCCAAAAUGGAAAUACAGUGAUAAAGGAAAGGAAGAAAUGCAGUUUGCUGCUGGCUGGAGUGGUUCUUUAAAUGUCGAAGAAGGAGAAUGUGUAACCAGCGCUCUGUGCAUCCCACUAGCAAGCCAGAAGAGGAGCUCCACCGGGCGCCCCGAUUGGACCUGCAUCGUGGUGGGCUUCACCUCCGGUUACGUGCGCUUCUACACGGAGAACGGCGUGCUCCUGCUGGCGCAGCUUUUGAAUGAGGACUCGGUGCUCCAGCUCAAGUGCAGGACCUAUGAAAUCCCACGGCAUCCUGGCGUGACCGAGCAGAAUGAAGAGUUGAGUAUCUUAUAUCCAGCUGCCAUUGUGACUAUCGAUGGAUUUAGCCUUUUUCAGUCUCUUCGUGCUUGUCGAAAUCAGGUAGCAAAAGCUGCAGCCUCAGGCAAUGAGAACAUACAGCCGCCACCACUAGCUUAUAAGAAGUGGGGUCUGCAAGAUAUCGACACAAUCAUUGAUCAUGCUAGUAUUGGUAUUAUGACUCUGUCCCCUUUCGAUCAGAUGAAGACUGCUUCCACCAUCGGCGGAUUUAAUGCAGCCAUUAAAAACAGCCCACCCGCCAUGUCUCAGUACAUCACCGUCGGGUCCAAUCCAUUCACUGGCUUCUUCUAUGCUUUAGAGGGAAGCGCGCAGCCACUGUUAUCUCACGUUGCCCUGGCCGUCGCAAGCAAGCUCACGUCGGCUCUGCUCAACGCUGCCAGUGGCUGGCUUGGCUGGAAAAGUAAGCACGAGGAGGAGGCGGUGCCGAAGCAGAAGCCGAAGGUGGAGCCGGCCGCCCCGUUGGCUGUAAGAUUUGGACUUCCAGACUCCAGACGCCAUGGUGAAAGCAUAUGUCUGUCUCCGUGUAACACGCUGGCAGCAGUGACCGAUGAUUUUGGCAGGGUUAUUUUAUUGGAUGUGGCUAGAGGAAUCGCAAUCCGCAUGUGGAAAGGGUAUCGAGAUGCGCAGAUCGGUUGGAUGCAAAUCGUUGAGGACCUCCAUGAACGGGUACCAGAAAAGGCAGAUUUUUCCCCCUUUGGAAAUACUCAGGGUCCAAGUCGCGUAGCUCAGUUCCUUGUGAUCUAUGCACCAAGAAGAGGAAUCUUGGAAGUGUGGAGCACCCAGCAGGGGCCUAGGGUAGGAGCUUUCAACGUGGGAAAGCACUGCAGGCUUCUGUAUCCUGGCUAUAAAAUAAUGGGCUUAAAUAAUGUGACCAGUCAGGGCUGGCAGCCACAGACUUACCAGAUCUGUCUUGUGGAUCCCGUGUCUGGAAGUGUGAAAACACUAAACGUUCCUUUCCAUUUAGCACUGAGCGACAAGAAGUGUGAACGAGCCAAGGACAUGCACCUAGUGAAGAAACUGGCGACCCUGCUGAAAACAAAACCUCCCAGUCUCGAUUUGGUUGAAACAGAAAUAAAGGGAUUAAUUCUUGAUAUUAAGUAUCCUGCAACCAAGAAACAAGCGUUGGAAAGCAUUUUGGCGAGUGAACGUUUACCAUUUUCCUGCCUUAGAAACAUCACUCAGACUUUAAUGGACACUUUAAAAAAUCAAGAGCUUGAGUCUGUGGAUGAAGGAUUGCUGCAGUUUUGUGCCAAUAAGCUGAAAUUACUCCAUCUUUAUGAGUCUGUCAGUCAGUUAAAUUCCCGUGAUUUUCAUUCAGACACACCAUUCUCUGAUAAUGACUUGGCUGUGUUACUGAGGCUUGAUGAAAAAGAGCUGCUGAAGCUCCAGGCCUUGCUAGAGAAGUACAAACAGGAAAAAUCCAGAACAACUACAGUCCGAUUCUCUGAUGAUAAGGAUGGCGUGUUGCCUGUGAAAACAUUCCUGGAGUACUUAGAAUAUGAGAAAGAUGCAAUCAACAUAAAGAAGAUCAGCGACGAGGAGUAUGUGGAGUUAGGCAGUUUCUUUUUUUGGAAGUGUCUGCAUGGGGAAAGCUCCACGGAGGAUAUGUGUCAUACUUUGGAGUCGGCGGGACUCAGCCCUCAGCUGUUGUUGUCUCUGCUGCUGAAUGUUUGGCUUUCUAAGGAAAAAGAUAUUUUGGAUAAACCUCAGUCUGUGUGCUGUCUUCACACGAUGCUGUCCCUCCUGAGCAAGAUGAAAGUGGCCAUCGACGAGACCUGGGACUCACAGUCUGUGUCCCCUUGGUGGCAGCAGAUGCGCACGGCUUGUGUUCAGUCCGAGAACAACGGAGCUGCGCUGCUGUCCGCACACGUCGGCCAUUCCGUCGCCGCGCAGAUCUCCAACAGCCUGACCGAGAAGAGAUUUUCCCAGACAGUCGUGGGGGCCGAUUCCGAGGCCCUCACCGAGUCCUGGGAGGCCCUUUCUCUCGACACCGAGUACUGGAAGCUCCUGCUGAAACAGCUAGAGGACUGCCUUCUGCUGCAGACGCUGCUGCACAGCAGGGCCAGCGCGCCGGCCGCCAGGGUGUCGCACGCCGAGCCCCUCCCAAGGCUCUCGGUCAAAAAGUUACUGGAAGGAGGAAGAGGUGGCAUUGCAGACUGUGUAGCCAAGUGGAUAUUUAAACAGGACCUCAGCCCUGAAGUGCUAAAACUGGCUAAUAAGGACAGAGAUGCAGAAAACCCAGAUGAACCGAAAGAAGGUAUUAACAGAGGUUUCUUUGAGGUGCCAGAGGUGGAGGUGAACCUAGGAGCUAUACCAGACUUGCUGCACGCGGCCUAUAGGCAGUUUCCCUGCAGCCUCGAGCUUGACAUGCUGCACGCGCAUUGUUGUUGGGAGUAUGUUGUUCAGUGGAACAAAGACCCGGAGGAAGCACGAUUUUUCGUUAGGUCAAUAGAACACUUGAAGCACAUUCUUAAUGCACAUGUUCAGAAUGGAAUCGCCCUGAUGAUGUGGAAUACGUUCUUGGUUAAAAGAUUUUCCGCGGCUACAUACUUGAUGGAUAAGGUUGGAAAAUCACCAAAGGAUAGGUUAUGCCGAAGGGAUGUGGGGAUGAGCGACACGGCAAUGACCUCUUUCCUCGGCUCCUGCUUGGAUCUUCUUCAGACUUUAAUGGAGGCGGACGUCAGCCGGGACGAAAUGCAGGCGCCCGUCCUGGACACGGAGGACGCGUGGCUCGCCGUCGAGGGGCCCAUCUCGAUCGCGGAGCUGGCCUUCGAGCAGAAGCACAUCCACUACCCGCUGGUGGAGCACCACUCGGUCCUGUGCUCCGUGCUGUACGCGAUCAUGCGCUUCUCCCUGAAAACCGUGAAGCCGCUCUCGCUCUUCGACAGUAAAGGGAAGAAUGCAUUUUUCAAAGACCUAACUUCAAUUCAGUUACUACCUAGUGGGGAAAUGGAUCCAAAUUUUAUUUCUGUUCGACAGCAGUUCUUACUGAAAGUCGUCAGUGCAGCUGUCCAGGCCCAGCACUCAGCGGUGAAGGACAGAGAGUCCUCGGAAGAGGCACCAACCACUCCUUUUGGGAAAGACCAGGAUUGGCCGGUUCUGGCGGUGGAUUUGGCUCAUCACCUCCAAGUCAGUGAAGAUGUCGUCCGAAGGCAUUACGUGGGGGAACUCUACAACUACGGAGCGGACCACUUAGGAGAAGAGGCCAUUCUCCAGGUUCACGACAAGGAGGUCCUCGCCUCUCAGCUGCUGGUGUUGACAGGACAGAGACUGGCGCACGCGCUGCUCCACGCCCAGACGAAGGAAGGCAUGGAGCUGCUGGCCCGGCUCCCCCCCACGCUCUGCACCUGGCUGAAGGCGAUGAACCCCCAAGAUCUUCAAAACACAGAAGUGCCAAUCGCAACAACAGCCAAACUAGUACAUAAAGUAAUUGAGCUUCUACCAGAAAACCACGGGCAGUACAGUCUAGCCUUACACCUCAUCGAAGCCGUAGAAGCCAUAUCUAUUCCUUCUUUAUGACACUGAGCGACUGAAAACCGUCUACAGUUGUGUGACUAGAACAACAUGAAUUAGUGCAUGGUAAUUUACAUAGUUAAGAUCUGGAAUUUUAUGGAGGAGUUCAUCUUUUUUUCUUUUGUAAAAUAAAAAUACAUACUACUUUUAAAAGUGCAGUUCUGGCUAAAUCUACUCCUUUCAUUAAUAUUAAAGAUAAAAUAUAAACAAGUAUCAAUUAUACUAUUAAUUACAGAUGUUUUAUGUUUAUUUCUAAUUUAAGCACUUUAAGUAGCUUUAUUGGUAAACUUUGCUAUUUCAAAUGGGUUGUAACUUACAGAUUAUGUUAUUAUCAGAUUCUAUAUUUUGUACUCAAAAUGUUAUUGUAAUUAAAUUUGAAUGUGUUCAUGUAUAGUCCCCAUCAGUAAAUUAGGGAAACCUCUCACUCGCUUUUGUUGGCAUGCUCCGACCCCACGCCCUGGGCCGCCGCCUAGAGCUCUGGAUGCAACGGGCUCUCUCCCCAGAGGAUACGCGGCCACCUCUGGAGGACGACCUUGCCCUGGAGGAGGAGUGGGCUCAAGAUCCUCACAUUCAUCAGAAGGGACACCAAACAGAACCCUUAACCUGCUGUACUCGUCAAGACUGAGAAUCUGAGAUGCAAGCAACACAGCACAGUUCCUUACAGUGUAAGCGGAGAUGGACUUUGUGCCAAGAUUCAAAGUUGUAUCCACCUUAGGUGAUUGUAAAAAUGUUUUAUCUUGUAAAAUUUAUGUUUAAAAAAGGGCAAAGAUGCUAAAAAUUUAAGUCCAACUGUAUUUUUCCUAAAUGUGUUUAGAAAUGUCUGCCUCUGGGAUCUGGUAAUGUUCUCUGUUCUUGGGAACAGCACAGAAAAGGCUCAGUGAGAUUACGGCUUUGCAAACCUACCUCACAGCUGGGUGGAGAGAAUACGUAAUUUUGUACCCUAGAGUGCCUAGUGAAGUCCAAGUGCUGAAGAAUUGUUGAUUGAAACAGAUUAACCAAAACUCUGUAAAAAGUGCUUUCAGCUCCGCAAAUACCAAGUAUAAUGGUAUAUUUCUGGAAUGUAGCCAUACCAUGCAAUCACUGACCUCUGUCAUGGAUCACAGGUGUUGUUCAUAGUAACUUGUUGUGAUAUGGAAGUUUGCUUCUUCACUUACUUGGAAGAAGCCAACUUUAACUGUAGAGCCGAGGAGCGUACCCCUCAAGGGUUAAAAAUGUCUAAAAGUCUUCUGAGGAUAGCCCAGUGGGUGUCCCCAGUGUAAUAUCCUAGUUCUUUUUAACUAAAAGAUCACACCCGAAUAAGAACUUAAGGUCUCAAACUUAAUAAUUACUGUUUAAAAAUCCUGGGAGAACGAGCUGAGCGAGGUCUUGAACAGCUGGGCGAGGAGGGCCCGCCGUCCAGCAGCACCGAGAAGGACCGGAAGCCCAACGUCUCGGCCUCCGCUUGGGUCUCCGCUGCCCCAUCCAGACACAUCCGUGUGGUUUCCUGUAAACCUACCUGGCUUUAUAUAAUCACUUGUUCUGUGCAUCCUGAGAGCUUAGUUCUUCCUGUAAUUUUUCUAAAUACUCUGAAAGCAGUUCUGAAUUUUGGAGGCUGGUCAAAGAAACUUUAAAUCCUCACUUUGAUCCAAUUAUCACUUCUGGGGGAAGGGGUACCUAAAAAGCAUUUUAGAGAAUAGAACUGGUGAAGCUUACUCAUUCUGGUAGGACUCCUACUCACAGCUGGGGAUUGUUGGGAGUAUUAUUAGCUGAAAUAUGGCUCAUAGAACCGUAACAAAUCACCGAAUUACAAAUCUCUGUAGUCACAUACGUAAUCCUAAAAUGGACUGUUCACAGAAUUUUAAAAUUGAAUUCUGAGUUACAUGGUUAAGAAAAGCAGUUAAAUAUUUUACUAUCUGUAGAGUCACAAAUAAGGAAUUAGACUGUAAGUAGAAUGGGUGGUUUCUGAAACGAAAGUCUGCUGCACUCAGCGAUGAGACGCCGGUGACCAGCAGUGUUUUCCUGGUUAGAAUCCCCCCCCCUUCAUUAACAUCCAGUAGGCGUUCUGUGCCUCGUUCAGUUCCACUACGUACCGCUGAGGAGAACAGUGUUCAAAUUCGUAACUUCAACGUUACAGGUUGUGUUUAGAUGUAGGAACUAGAAGAGCCAGAAUAAACUAGGUGGAGAGGACACAGCCCUGACCUUCUAAAGGCUUCAUACUAUUGCAAAACUAGGAAGUUUCACCUUUGUUAAUAAAAAUUCAUGUAAGGUCAAAGUAAGCACAGUUACAUUCAAUUGCCUUUUUAAAAAAAAAAAUUGUUAAUUAAAAUAAAAGAAAAAAGCGACUUAAUGAUAUUAAGCUUGUGUGGAAUCCCUUACAAGUUGCUGUUGUUCAUUCAUUUAUAAGAAACAUCUUUGUAAAGCGCUCCACAGCGACAGCCCGUUCUCCCUGACAGGAAUGAAUUUGUUGGGCUUCUACAAGUUAGACUUCUGCUGACAGAAUGAGCCAGCCCUAGCAAGCUUUUAAUCCAAUACUGAACUGUUUAUAAAACGCUCUUAUCCAAUGUACUGUAAGUAGUGACCUUCUGUACAUACUUCUGUUCUGUGUGUCUGUUCAUUGUUGUGAACUUGUGUGUGUUAGUGAAAUAAAUUUUCAGCUUUCAUGUUUCAACAUAAA